AUGGCUGCUAUGCUGUUGAUAAUUUGUCUUAUUGUGGCCACAUACGGCCUGGAAGCUCAGGCGGCUGAAGCCAAUAACGAUUCCACCAUAAACGAAUUGUGUUCGGGUAAAAAUGGUGUCAUGGUUGCCAUGCCUGGUUCCUGUUCCGGUUUCUAUUUUUGUGUUGAGGGUAAUGCCAUUGCCUCCUCCUGUGGUAGUUUUUAUCAAUUCAAUGCCGAUUUGGCGAUAUGUGAUCAUCCGCUAAAUGCCAAAUGUAAUGUGAAUGGUUCCACCACAAUUGAAGCCUCCAAUGAUCGUGAGGCGAAUGAUAUAUGUGCCCAGGCUCAACCCGGCUAUGCAUUUGGUAAAACACAAUCAUGCACUCUCUACUAUGUUUGCUAUCAGAAAUAUGCCGUGCGACGGGUUUGUCCACCCCAGAAACAUUUUAACCUGGCCGAAAGGCGUUGCAUGGAUAUUGAUAAGGCCAAGUGUAGCUAUACGAUUGCCCUGCCGGUAAGUGCAAUGCAGGUGAAGGUUACCAAGAAACCAAUUCAAGCGACAUCAUCGACAACUGCCGCUCCUAAGACCCCUAAGGAACCUAGUGUAGGUGCGGGUUUGGCAUCUGGUGUUGUUGGCAAUCGUAAACCCCCUUUGAACAUCAAGCGGGCUCGUGACCUGUCAGUUCUAUGUUCCGCCUUCAAAACCAAUCGCACCCUACCCCAUCCCUAUGAUUGUACUCGUUUUAUUUAUUGUCUUGAACAUAAAGCUAAUAUUAUGUCCUGCCCAAAGGGUUUACAUUUUAGUUCCCAAAAAUUGAGAUGUGAAUGGCCUAAUAAUGCUGAAUGUCAAGUGAAUGCGAAAUAA